UUCUCUUCAUGGUAUCAAGAGCCCUUCGUCUUGCGACUUCUCUGUUAAUUUUCUUCCUCUUUCUCGCCCUUUCUCUGCUUCCAAACACUAGCUUUCUUUCACUUUCUUGCAAUUAUGCUUUCUUUUAUUGACAAUGGCGCUCCGCUUUCUUCCUCGCAUGUUCUCCCUGAUCUUCCGCAUCUCUCUUCUCAUGCCGAUUCACGUUCUUCCAUGGAUGUUUAUCUCCAAAACCUCAAGGAAAUUGCUGAUGUCCUUGCUGCUGCUGGUCAACCACAGUCUGAAUCUGACUUGGUGGCCUAUAUUCUUGGUGGUUUACCAGAAGAAUUUGAUUCUACUGUCACGUCCAUUGAAACUCGUAUUGAACGUGUCAAUACUGAUGAAUUGCAUGGCUUAUUGCUUAGUCGUGAGGCUGUUCUUCUCAAACGUCAAGCACGUGGUUCUUCUCACUCUCAAGAACCAUUUCAUGCCUAUCAUGCUACUUCUUGUCACGGUCAAUCUUUUCGACCUUCUUCUCGAGGUCGUGGACGUGGUAACUAUUCUUCUUCUGGAUUUAACAAUACUCCUCGUCCCUUCACCAAUGGCCGUGGUAUUCUUCCUACACCAUCUCCUGGUUCUUUUUAUCCAGCUACCUUUUCUUCGUCUGAUCGAACAUUGGUGUGUCAAAUCUGUGAAAAGAAGGGCCAUUCUGCUCUCACUUUGUUGAUGCCAAAAAUUAUCACGUAUUUGCCCAAUACAAGGCUGCAUAAAUUGGAGGUCAUUUUGCAUGAAGAAGAAAGGCCACGUACGGCCAUGGAGGAGUUUGGCCGUUAGAAGUUGUCUACCGAAGAGCUUGAUCGCCAAAGUUUGACGAUCGAGUUUGACGGCCGAAUUGAACGGCAGAGAUCGGUAACCGAGCUUUGGGCCCGAGGAGUUUGGAUGACGUGGAAGUUUGACCGGUUGAUAACUUGUCGACGACCAUGGCUAAAGUAUGCUGAGGUCAGUGACCUUUCAGUCUUUGGGAGAGGACUGUGCGUACAUGCUGGAAGCCAAUAAUUCAUGCAAGUGGGUUAUUUGAAUAUUCAAGCAAAAAGUGAAGGCGGUGGCUUUGCAUGAAGAGAAUGUGACGAGGAGAAGCAAAGAUGGCACCAAUAUGAUUAAAAUAAUCAUUUGGUGGGCAAGUUGUGAUGAUGGGUAGCAUUAAAUAUUAAUUGGUGGGGACAAAAUCAUCAACUUUCGGCUGAGAAGACUCACCAUUUCCCAUCAUUGCUGCCAUUGAACCGAGCGGACUCACCUCCAAUUCUGAUUGAACCACAUAUUCCAAGCCAUGUGGGUUUGUUCUUCACGUGUGUUACUUCCAAAACAUAGUGCGACAGACAUCCUUCAUGAGUGCUACCUUUCCCAUUUCCAGAUGCUGCCCAUGCUACCCAAACUGCCCACUAACUACAAUAAUUCAUGCCAUGUAAGCCACGACCGUGGCUUUCCUCUUCAAAUGGACUUCUCCAAGUGGAUUUCUCCAUUUGCAAGCUCCAGCUUCUUCUAAAAAUACAAGACCCCAAGCAACGGAAUAGGAGUCUAGCACCAACCAAAGCAUCCCAAGGCGCCGGAGCAUCAUCCCGGUUAUUAUUCUGUCUAC